AUGGCUUCAAUGGGCACCCCCGCGGUCGUUAUGGACAACGGUACCGGGCUCACCAAGUUGGGUUUUGCCGGAAACGACUCUCCUUCGUUCGUUUUCCCCACCGCGAUCGCUACCUCCAUCAACAACACAAAACUGGGCAAAAGCGGCUCCUCCUUGGGCGGUUUGAAGCGCGGGCUAGAAGACUUGGACUUCCACAUUGGCGAGGAUGCGCUUUCGGCCGCCGCCGGGCCAAACUACUCGUUGCUGUACCCCAUUCGCCAUGGCCAGAUCGAGAAUUGGGACCAUAUGGAGCGGUUCUGGGAGAGAAGCAUCUUUAAGUAUUUGCGGUGUGAGCCCGAGGAUCACUACUUCCUUUUGACCGAGCCUCCGUUGAAUCCUCCCGAGAACCGUGAGUCCACCGCCGAGAUCAUGUUUGAGUCGUUCAAUUGCGCUGGCCUCUACAUCGCAGUGCAGGCCGUGUUGGCGCUUGCAGCUUCGUGGACGUCGUCGAAGGUCCAGGACCGGUCUUUGACCGGAACCGUCAUCGAUUCGGGUGACGGUGUUACCCACGUCAUUCCCGUGGCCGAGGGCUAUGUAAUUGGCGGCGCCAUUAAGAACAUUCCAUUGGCCGGUAGAGAUAUCACUCUUUUCAUUCAGCUGCUUUUGCGUGAUAGAGGCGAGGCCGACACCUCGUUGCAGACUGCGGAGCGGAUCAAGCAACAGUUCUGUUACGUGUGUCCCGACAUUGUAAACGAAUUCAAGAAGUUCGACCAGUAUCCACAGGAGAAGUUUGCACAGUACAUCGUUGAAACUGUCAGCCGUCAGUCGAAAACCGUGGACGUUGGCUACGAGCGCUUCUUGGCACCCGAGAUUUUCUUCAAUCCCGAGAUUUGCUCCUCGGACUACUUGACGCCCUUGCCCACUGUUGUGGACCAGGUUGUGCAGUCGUCGCCCAUUGAUGUGCGUAAAAAGCUUUAUAAGAACAUCGUGUUGUCUGGAGGAUCCACCAUGUUCAAGGAUUUUGGCCGUCGUUUGCAAAGAGACAUAAAGGGCCUUGUGAACGAACGUAUCGAGUCCAGUGAGCGUCUCUCAGGUGUCAAGAGUACCGGUGUCGAUGUCCAGGUGAUUUCGCACAAGAGACAGCGCAAUGCCGUUUGGUUCGGAGGUUCCUUGUUGGCUCAAACUGCCGAGUUCAAGAGUUACUGCUACACGAAACAAGACUACGACGAGUACGGACCCAAUAUUGUCCGUAACUUCUCCUUGUUUUCUGUGCCAUAG